UCUGGGAGGUCUGCUGGGAGGCGCCACAUCCGGAGGGUACCUCGUCGUGAAUAAAGGCACUGCUAUUGGCUUCCAACAGCAGCUCCGGGCUCUAUCAGCUGCGGGAGCAUCUGCUCCAAUGCCCCAGGGCAGCCAUGGGUACCCCGUACUGGUGGGACCAACUGCAGGCUGGCAGCUCGGAGGUGGACUGGUGCGAGGACAACUACACCAUCGUGCCUGCCAUCGCCGAGUUCUACAACACGGUUUUGAUUAAGGUGAGAAAGCUGAACAAGGGCAAUGCAGAGGAACUAGGAAGCCUCCUACCUUCUUGUGGGCCCAGGAGAAAAGGCUGGCCUUCCUGGCAGAAAACAAUUGGGGGAUGGAACAUGUCUAGUCCUUAUCUCCUUCAACUUUAUUUUUACCAUUAUUUAGUGCAGGCAUGAUUUUUAAAAAGAUAAGCAACAUCUUGUUUUUCGUUUUACCUCCUAUCUGCAUGUGCUUGUUCCGUCAGUAUGCAUCGUGCUUCAACAGUGGCAUUUACUUAAUAUGGACUCUCUUAGUUGUUGUAGGAAUUGGAUCUGUCUACUUCCAUGCAACCCUCAGUUUCCUGGGACAGAUGCUUGACGAACUUGCCAUCCUUUGGGUUCUGAUGUGCGCUCUGGCCAUGUGGUUCCCCAGAAGAUAUUUACCAAAGAUCUUUCGUAAUGACAGGGGCAGGUUCAAGGUGGUGGUCUGCGUCUUGUCUGCAGUCACAACAGGCCUGGCGUUUGUCAAGCCCGCCAUCAACAACAUCUCUCUGAUGACCCUGGGGGUUCCUUGUACUGCGCUGCUCAUCGCAGAGCUGAAGAGGUGUGACAACGUGCGUGUCUUUAAGCUGGGCCUCUUCUCCGGCCUGUGGUGGACGCUCGCCCUCUUCUGCUGGAUCAGUGACCGUGCCUUCUGUGAGCUGCUGUCAUCCUUCCACUUCCCCUACCUGCACUGCGUGUGGCACAUCCUCAUCUGCCUUGCUGCCUACCUGGGCUGCGUGUGCUUUGCAUACUUUGAUGCUGCCUCCGAGAUCCCAGAGCAGGGUCCCGUCAUCAAAUUCUGGCCCAACGAGAAAUGGGCCUUCAUUGGUGUCCCCUACGUGUCCCUCCUGUGUGCCAGCAAGAAAUCAGCGAUCAAGAUCACGUGAUGGCAAGGCGGUGGCUGACUUCUCUGCUUGUUAACCCUCACUUGCCGGGCUUCAUGGGCUAGCAAAGACAGCCAGGCCGGUUUGCUGAGGCGGGGAAGGGUUUGUCUUUCAAGAAUUCUGUUCCCUUGAGCUCUAACUAGUGUGUCUGCGGACUGCCAGGACUCUGUGUGGGGAGAAGUGCCUUCUCCUUUCCCAAAGAUGGAAAGUUGGGGGGCUGAGGGGAGCGGAGUUGUCUUCUCAGAGCCACUUCCAGAUGAGGUGGCUCAGGCUGGUGUGGUCCUGACAGAGCCGUGCCCUGAGGACCCAUUGCUGCGAUGCCUCGCUUCCUGAAGAACGUUUGCCUGUGUCAGACCCCACCAUUCCCACACGCUCUCGGAGAAGACUCUCCUGGUGACAGUCAGACCCUGUGACAGACAAGCCCUUCUGACUCAUGGAAGGUGCCAGAGAUUUUUCCAAUGGGGGAAACCGAAACCAAACCACACCAGUGGAACAUGUACAGGGCUUGUGGCUAAGGAGGCUAAUUUUCCACUUGCAAUUCUCAGUAACCCAGGUUUUACAUGCAUUUGUGAAUUCUUUUAUUACUACCUCUGCUGGGAGUUGAAGACUAGACUUCAGAUGUGGAUGAAACUAAUAACAAAAACUGUUGCCAAAAACUACACCCUACUUCAAACCAGUCUUACAGAUGAGCAUGAUUUUAAAAAUGUUUAGCCCCUGCCCAGCCAGAUAACCUCAAACACAGGGAAGAAUAGCUAUGGUGUGAGUAUUCCAUACACAGACCUACGUAACCCUUACUGCUGGAUGUCUGUGACAUUGCCAGAGCUCUUGUGACAAUCGUGGUGGGGGUCCUGGUUCAAAAUUUGGAGCAAAUGUGAAGUUUUGGAAAUGUGUUCUUAUUGGGAGCCUCCUGUAUGCUCUCCCAUUCUGGAAAUUAUCCUCAAGAAUCUCACCUCUUCUUUCUCUAAUAUUUACUGUGGGAAUUGCACUCCAUACUCUUGUAGUACGAGGGGCUUCCUGUGGUUUUCCAAGCAUUUAACAACUCACUCUUCUCGAGUGCUGUAACAACUACACACUGGCUCUUGGGGUCACUGGUGCCAUCAGGCAAAGCUAUUGCCUUCUGAGUUUCUCUCACCUGAAAUGAUGCUGGCUACAAGUAAUCUCUUCACUGGGCUGAGUGGAAGACUCCACAACUGUGUUCAAGGCAUGAGGCAGAGUGGGUGACAUCAGGGACCCUCGUUUUAACUCAGGCAUUUCCUACUUUGCAACAUUCCACUGUGGAAGGGGGCAGGACAGGUAUGUCCCGUGUGGACAGGAAUGCUGUCACUAAGCAGCUAACAGUUGGGCAUUAGCGGUUUUUGGCAAGUCCAGGAACUCUUUCUCUAGUUAGAAUUUUAAAAGGAUCUAAGGUGCGAAGUUCAAUAAAGAACUAAAUUUGGAGUUUAAAAAUGAAUGACUUUAUUCUACUAAUGUGGUUUUCAAAUAAUUUUAGCAGCAGAACCUUGCUUGCAGUAAGAAAUAGUUAUGGAACCCCAGUGUGUGAAACAUGUAUUUUAUUCGCUUAAAUUUAUUUUAAGGUUAAUCUUAAAGCAUUUCCUUAAUGUAUCAGGCUGUGAAAAUGCAAAUGAACAAAUUGGCAGUUUUUAAGGUAAAACUUUUGGUAUUGAAUGAGCGUACCUGUUGCUUUAUUACAAUUAAAAAAUACAUUUAAAAGACGAUAUUUGAAGUGCACCUCAGUGAGACCUAGGUGGUUCACGGAAGAAUUUGAAAACUGCCAUUAUGUCUUUUGGGUUUCAGGUCUGGAAUCUUCUAAAGGGAAAAUCAGACUAUCCUCGCUUCAUUUGACUUACCAGGCAUGGAAUCUGGUCUCAUCUAUUCUGCAGUAUAAAAAUGCUUCAAAGUAUUUGAUGUAUUCUUUGAUGUAUUCUAAGCCCAGCUAUCUUUGUGUGGAAGCAUAGAUAAGGAGAAGCGGAGAGUGUGAGAAAUGUUUUGUGUGUGGUUUUUGGAGGUUUAACUGCUGUUCUGAGGGUUCCUCAGUGAUGGCAGCAUUGUUCAACAGUGAAGGAGGAACCAUUUCUUCCCGUCAGGUAAAGGGGUGGCUCCCUGGAGACCACCAUCUAUAGCCCCCGCCCCCAGGCUUGGACCCUGCCUUGCUGGAAGUUUCUGAUAUCCUUUGGAAAUAGGGAUUGAAUGCAACCCUGCCGAUAGUAGGAAGUAAGUGCCCUGACUCAUGUGGCUGUUUUCAUCCCUCUUCUACAAAUGACUAAGUUAAAAUGUCAGAAGGAAUGUUUUUGAUAUGAAAAAAGAAAAUACCAUUCUAGAGAUUGGUAAUAAGAUGAGGGCUCAGAAAGAAGUGUGGAAUGGAAUAUGUUUGAGGAGCACAAAACAUACCUCUCCCUUUGAACAGGAGUCACUGUAGCUUUCCCGCACGGGAUGGUAAAUCAGGGAAGUAACUAUCCCAGGAGUUAAACUUAUUUUAAGUUAGCUUUAUGGCAUCAUUCAUAUUUACAUUUAUAUUUACAUUUGCAGUGUUUUUACAGCACUUCAUACUCUUUCAAAGAACAUUGGGAAACAACAGAAAAGUUGAGGAAGAUGGAAAAAAGUGAUCUGUAUUUCUGUUGCUCAAAGACAACCAUUGUUAAUAUUUUGGUAUAUUUUCUUCUCUUCUUUAUUUUUUCCCCCUGAAUAGAGUUGUAAAUAGAUGAUUUUUAGAAUCACUGGUUUAUCCUGUAUCUUGAAUGGAAUAUAAAUGCCAGUUGUGUAUUUUUCAUGAGGAGCGGCUUUCUGAAUAGUGUGGAGUUAGAGAUAUACUUAGAGUGCUCAUCACUGGAUUCUGAAACUCGCUGAUGAGUCUUCAUUUGUAACUGAACCUGACAUGAAUGUGUCCCAAGAAAUACUGAACUAAAUUCUGCUGUUUGAUAUGCUUCUGCACUUGGAGUGAUGAGUCAUAGAAAAUUGCUGUGAAAUACAUGACUUUACUGGUUUUGAUGUUUUCAGAUUUUUCAAAAGUAAAUAGCUUAUUAAUUGAUGUGCAAUCAAGAAUUCUUUCUCCCCUCCUGAUAAUGCAGGCAAGUAGAGAUUUGAUAUUUAGGAGUUAGCCAUGCUGAGUAACUGCGAGGACCUAUCAGAUUUUUGUUCUGGUUUUGUUCUAGAAUCUGCCCAUGAUCAAUAACCAGCAGGAACUGGAUUUAGGAUAUUAAAAGACAAUAUCUUACUUACUAAGUGGCCAUUUAAGUCAAUUAUUCUUGUUUUAUAGUAUUUGUUGAUUUUUAGAAAAAAAUCUUCCUCUUUAUGAUUAUAUAAUAAGCAAUUCAGUGAACACAUGUAAGAUGUAUGGAGAGGAGAUAUCUAAAUCUGGUAACAGGCUACAUUUUGGGGGAACUCUUUGCCUGUCCUGACAAGUGCCUAAAUAUUAAUUAUGGAUCAAAGAUGUUCUGUUGGGGGACUAAGCUUGAUAGUUAUCAAGUGCAUACUUUAUAAAGAUACCAUAACCUAUUGUUUAUUGGAUUACUCUGUUAAUCUGGAUUAUUCUGUUUAAGGUGUGUUAAAAUUUUUCAGUUCAUCAUGCUUGCACGGGCCAGUGCUGUAUUGGAGGCUACAGGACUGGGACUGGAGCCUUCUCUGGGUCUUUAUCCCUGGGGGCUGAUGUGGAACCAGCUCUGGGGGACAGGUGGGGGCUAAGAUGCCCAGCUGAAGUUCCCCCUCACAGCUCUUUUUCCCCAAAUGAACGUGGACCUUCCACAGCCAGCUCUAUGCUUGGUGCUGCUAUUCCAGUUGGCCGAAGUGAAGUCUCAGGCAAGGCUGGGAUUCUCAAAGGAUUCGAUAGACAUUCUACUGACUUAAAAAAAAAAGUGGUCCCUACUCUUAAGGAACUAAUUUUUGAAUUGCAUCUUUUCCUAUAUGUUAAACCAGAUUUAAGACUAUUUUAUAAGCACAAUAUGUGAUCAGAGCAGGUAUAGUAUUUUCAGACAUAUACCUUGUCUUAUACUUUAUAUAAGGUGUGCCAUAUAGGGUGGUCUGCUCACCGGCUGUAGUAGAAUUUAAUCUCCAUUACCUUGGGAGUGAUUUAAGACCUUUUGAAAUGGAGCUUUUGCACUUUAUGCUCUUUUUAUAAACCAUGACAGCUAUGUUUGAUAUUAAAGUCAUUGUAGCAUUUUCUGUGAAUGAGUAUUUAUAUGUUUGUGUUUAUUGCCAAAGUGAUUUCUGAAAUAUUAGUGGAAAAUGCAUUUAAUGGAUUGUACAGCAAAGCACAUUUCCCUGAUUUGUUAAUGAAUUUUAGGUAUCUUGCUAUUAAACAUGCUUAAAAUUUG